GGCAGGAAAAGACGGGAAAGCCGGGCCACUCUCGUGGCGCCCUCACACCCACUCUCCGUCCUUGGCCUUCCUCCGCGCACCACCUCCCAGUCCUGGCGGAGCAGUAGCUGGACCCGAGCACCCGCAAGACCGCGGGGAGCGACCGUGCAGCUGCCAGGAGGGGGCGCCCAACUCCCCUGAGCCGGGGCUGGAGGGCGGGCUUUGCGCGGGAUCCCGCCGCAGCCCAGUGGGAGGCUGUCUCGGCGGGCGGAGUGCCCCCUUCUGCCGGAGAGCGAUGCUCCUCUGAGUGCCCGACACAGCAGCCCUGAGACUGGCGGCAGGGGUUGAGGUCAUUCUCUCGCGGGCCAGGGCCGGGCGACUCUUUAUUUGCCGGAUUUGGUAGUUGAAAGGUGAAAGAGAACCCUGAGAUCCCCCAGCGAAAAUGUGUUGCGGCCCCUGUGGAAGGAGUCAACUUUCAGGCUGUUAAAGUCCUCGAGUCAUUAGCUUCAGCUGCUGCACUAAAGGGGCAAGCCAGCGCCUCUAAGUGGCUUAGCGCACAAACGAGGCUCCCGAGACGGCCGCGGCAACUCCAUCCGCUCUUCCACCACCGGCUGCACGUGAAUUGCUCUCCGGAGCCCAUCUCGGCACAGCCUACGAGACAGCAAUAUCAACACCUCUUGACAUGGAAGUGCACUGAUACAAUAGGCAAAAGAAGCACUCGAUUGCCUCUCCCGGUUCCAGGUGGCCUUAUUUGGGCGAUUCGUUCCUGACCUUAUUCCUGUGAUGGAGGAUUCAGGCAUCCAGAGGGGCAUCUGGGAUGGAGAUGCCAAGGCUGUCCAGCAAUGUCUAACAGAUAUUUUUACCAGCGUUUACACCACCUGCGACAUCCCUGAGAAUGCUAUAUUCGGUCCCUGCAUCCUGAGCCAUACUUCCCUGUAUGACAGCAUAGCUUUCAUUGCGCUCAAGUCCACAGACAAGAGAACAGUCCCCUAUAUCUUCCGGGUAGACACCUCAGCAGCAAAUGGUUCUUCGGAAGGUCUCAUGUGGCUGCGUCUCGUCCAAUCAGCCAGAGAUAAAGAGGAACAGAACCUUGAAGCCUAUAUAAAAAACGGACAGCUGUUUUACCGCUCUCUCCGCAGGAUUGCCAAAGACGAGGAGUUACUAGUUUGGUACGGGAAAGAACUGACUGAGUUACUCUUGCUCUGCCCCUCUAGAUCCCACAGCAAAAUGAAUGCAGGGUCGUCCCCUUACACAUGCCUGGAAUGCAGCCAACGUUUCCAGUUUGAGUUCCCCUAUGUGGCGCAUCUGCGCUUCCGCUGCCCCAAGAGACUUCACAGCGCUGAUGCCAGCCCCCAAGAAGAGCAAGGCGGCGGCGUGGGCACCAAGGAUCACGGGGGCGGGGGCGGUGGCAAAGACCAGCAGCCGCAGCAACAGGAAGCGCCCUUGGGCCCCGGCCCCAAGUUCGGCAAAGCCGGACCUAUCCACCACUACCCGGCCCCCUCCCCCGAGGGCAGUAACCAGCCCGCGGCAGGCGGCGGCGGCGGCGCCAAGCCCUCCACGGACUUUCACAACCUGGCCCGGGAGCUCGAAAACUCGGGGGGAGGCAACAGCUGCUCCCCCGUCCGGGGCCUCGGUGGCGGCGGCGGCGGCGGCGGCCACCAGGAGGCGGAGCUGAGUCCCGACGGCAACGCCACAAGCGGCGGCAAGGGGAAGAGGAAAUUCCCGGAGGAGGCGGCGGAGGGGGGCGGCGGCGUGGGGCUGGCGGGGGGCCGGGGCCGCUUCGCCGAGCGGCCCCUGACCGCCUCCAAGGAGGACUUGGUGUGCACCCCGCAGCAGUACCGCGCCUCGGGCAGCUACUUCAGCCUGGAAGAGAACGGCCGCCUCUUCGCGCCGCCCAGCCCCGAGACGGGCGAGGCCAAGCGCAGCGCCUUCGUGGAGGUGAAGAAGGCGGCCCGAGCGGCCGGUCUGCAGGAGGACGCGGCCGCCGACGGCGGGGGCGCGGCCGCCGAAGACCAGGACGCGGGCGGCGGCGGCGGCGGCGGCUCCUCCACGCCCGUGGCCGCUUCGCCGGCAGGCGCCGACAAGCUGCUGGCCCCGCGGCCUGGGGGCCCGCUGCCCGGCCGGCUGGAGGGCGGCAGCCCGGCGCGGGGCAGCGCCUUCACCUCGGUGCCGCAGCUGGGCGGCGCGGGCGGCAACGGGGCGGGCGGCGGCGCGGGCGCCGGGGCCUCCGGCGGAGCGGGCGGCGGCCAGGGCGCCGCGUCGGACGAGCGCAAGAGCGCCUUCUCGCAGCCGGCGCGCUCCUUCUCCCAGCUGUCCCCGCUGGUGCUGGGCCAGAAGCUGAGCGCGCUCGAGCCGUGCCACCCCGGCGACGGCGUGGGCCCCACCAGACUCUACCCCGCCGCCUCCGACCCUCUGGCCGUGAAGCUCCAGGGGGCCGCGGACCUGAACGGAGGUUGCGGGGCCCUGCCGAGCGGUGGCGGCGGCGGCCUGCCCAAACAGAACCCCUUCCUCUACGCCACCGCCUUCUGGCCCAAGAGCUCCGCUGCCGCCGCGGCGGCGGCCGCGGCGGCCGCGGGGCCCCUGCAGUUGCAGCUGCCCUCGGCGCUCACGCUGCUGCCGCCUUCCUUCACCUCGCUGUGUCUGCCCGCGCAGAACUGGUGUGCCAAGUGCAAUGCCUCCUUCCGCAUGACCUCCGACCUGGUGUACCACAUGCGGUCGCAUCACAAAAAGGAGUACGCGAUGGAGCCCUUGGUGAAGCGGCGGCGGGAGGAGAAACUCAAGUGCCCCAUUUGCAAUGAGUCCUUCAGGGAGCGCCACCACCUCUCCAGGCACAUGACCUCGCAUAAUUGACACGGAAAGGACCCUAGCUUUCCACGCGCGCACAGUCACAGUCAAGCCACCUACAGGAAAAACACGCGAGGACAUCCACCACCUCCUUGUGACCUGAAACAUUGCACCCAAAGACAGACACACACACACACAUACACGUGCCACCCCAACCUUCUCAUUGACCUGUUUACCCGAGACCUGCAUUAUACACGCAGACACACACACGCACGCACGCACACACACGCACGCACGCAUACAAGACAGGAUGGUGGAUUUUUGAUUGGGUGGGUUGUUCGAGGGGUUUUCUUUUGAAUGCACGCAUUUUCACUUUCCAAAAACAAAGGUACAUUUUUAAAAAUGUCAUAUAUUGCAACAUAUUGAUGCAUUUGUCAUACGUUUCUACUUAAAUUAUUAAGCACUUACGGUUUAGAUGUAAUAAUUAUAUGUAAGGGCAAAAUUUAUUUUAGAUAUAAAGUAAAGGAGGAAGGUGAGAUGCUUUCUGCAUUUCUUGAUGACAGUUUGUGUUCUUACAAAAAAAUAAAAUAAAUAAAAAGGGGUCACCAUUCAAUUUAAGUUUCCAGGGGGAAGUGCAUGUAUCAUGAAAUGAUUAUGGACUUCAAUGAAGAAUGUCAUCAUUAUGUAAAUAUGUAUUUCCUUUUAAUACAAAGUGUAAUUUUGUGCCAGUGAAAUGGAGUCUGAAUAGUUAUGUGUUUCUUUUAUCCCUGGAAAGAUUUAUUAAACUUUAUAGAUUAUCCAGG